AUGAUUUUUGGGGUGGUGUAUUUGGUGCGUUUCCAUAUUGUAAAGGAAUACGAUCAGACCCUAGAAUUUCAACAAGAGAUGGCCCAGGCACAAAUAGAUAUUGAGCAAUACAAAAAGACCGCUAAAAACCUCGUAGACGCCAACACGGUUACCCUGCUUACUGAGGCCGCUGAUCUAAAAGCUGGAAAAGCCAUUUACGACAGCAAUUGUGUAGCCUGCCACGCGCAAGAUGGGGGCGGUGGAAUUGGUCCAAACCUCACCGACCAAUACUGGAUUCUGGGUGGCGGUAUUAAAAAAGUAUUUACCACCAUCUCAGAAGGAGGGCGUGACGGAAAAGGAAUGAUUGCCUGGAAACAAAACCUAAAACCCCUAGAGAUGGCUCAGGUGGCUAGUUAUGUCCUUGGGAUGCAAGGCAGCACGCCUGCCAAUCCGAAAGAAGCAGAUGGAGACCUUUUAUGGCCUACGGCCGAUGCCGUAGAAUAA